AUGAGGCACGAAGCGCCAAUGCAGGUCGGCGUCCGCGCCGGAGCCGAGCGAGCGGUGGGGGGCAUGGCAUCUGCUCAAGAUUCCAGAUAUGGCCAAAAAGAUACACCUGACCAGAACUUUGAUUACAUGUUCAAACUGCUCAUUAUCGGCAACAGCAGUGUUGGGAAAACCUCCUUUCUGUUCCGAUAUGCUGAUGAUUCCUUUACGUCUGCAUUUGUAAGCACGGUUGGGAUUGAUUUCAAAGUAAAAACGGUGUUCAAAAAUGAAAAAAGAAUUAAGCUACAGAUUUGGGACACGGCAGGUCAGGAGAGAUACAGAACAAUUACCACAGCUUACUACCGGGGUGCAAUGGGCUUCAUUUUAAUGUAUGACAUCACAAAUGAGGAAUCUUUCAAUGCUGUGCAGGAUUGGUCAACUCAAAUCAAAACAUACUCUUGGGAUAAUGCCCAAGUUAUUUUGGUCGGUAACAAAUGUGACAUGGAGGAUGAACGGGUAAUCUUCACUGAAAGAGGCAAGCAUUUAGCAGAGCAACUUGGAUUCGAGUUUUUUGAGACAAGUGCCAAGGACAACAUUAACGUCAAGCAGACAUUCGAGCGGCUUGUGGAUAUCAUCUGUGACAAAAUGUCAGAAAGCCUGGAGACGAAUCCCACUAUUGCUGCCAGCAAGCAGAACACACGGCUAAAGGACACCCCUCCUCCACAGCAGCCCAACUGUGGCUGCUAA